AUGCCACCUUCGAAAACAUAUAAUCCAAAGUCUUUUAAGCCUUUGAUACAAUCCAAGUCAAAUAGACCAUCCCCUGUAGAAAAAUCUCUUGAUUUACAGAUUAAAUACUGGUUGAAACGUAAGGACUUGCUUGUGAAAGCGGUAAAGUAUCAGAAGACAAACGAGUUUGAAAAAAUUAAUGAUUUGAUAGAGAAAUGGCGAAAAAUCUGUCACCAAGCCUCAAAUUAUCUACUAAACUCAAUGCAAGUUAAAAUUAUGCAUAUGGGUGGCCAUUCUGCAUGGAAACAACAACAAAAGGAUAAGAAAGCAAAUCAGUCUUUCGGCAAUGAGUCUUGUAGAGAGAAUUUAAGUGAUUUUGUGAAUAGUGAAGAGUUCACGCAUCUAUCAAGUUACGAACAGAGUGAUUUAAUGGAACAGUUGAAUGAAACAUUAAAUGAGUCUAUACUGGAGAAUGAAGAUGAAGGAACAUUUCUGGACGACCAGCUAACCAUGCAUGAACUAUAUCGCCUUUUAAACCUUGAUUAUGAUUUGAUUUACAACUAA